AUGAAUAUCUUCGUCGAAGAUAUUAAGCAGGAUGUCAUAAUAGGAAUAGAUCUCUAUUCCUUCGAGGUCAAAGCUGCGCAGCCUUUUUUUGGUGUAAAAAAUGUACCUCUUUUACCCACCCUACAUGUCAUACACUUCCAGCAGACAGAAAAUGGUCUUCGAUAUGGAUAUUGGUUCGAAACCGACCAAAACGCUUACAUGCAGUUUCAAUAUGAUGCAACAAAAGAGCUUUUUGUACCGAAAUACCAGAUAGAUGAUCAAAGUCGCAAUGAUGCCUAUAACAGGUUUCAGAAGACCCAGCAUUUGAUGAUUGCGUAUCCCUCGGUCGAUGAAGAAGAUAGAUGGCACGAGUUAACAAAACAUGUACGUUGGAGUGCUGUGAAACACAGCACCGCUAGUGGCGGAUAUUUCGCGUAUGUAGACUCGGUCAUGACCACCACUGAGGAAAACAACCUGCUCUCCAAGGUUCUAGCUAAUCGGUGCGAGAGCUCCAAGCGCGAAAUUGUUGUGCCUGACACCGAGGCGGUACUGAAUUACACACCUAUUGUCUUCAAGUCUACGGAAGCUAUUCGGCCACAAUACAAGAUGGAGGACUUCUUAGACAAGAGUUGGUAUUUGGGUCACGUGAUCUUACCCCGGUACCAUCACAAUUCGUUCUACGCCCUGCUGGGCGAGUUCCAAUGGGCGUUUCUCAAUGCCAUGCUCUUCGCCAACUAUGGAUCGAGCCUGCAGUGGCACUCUAUCCUCGAGCUGGUGUGCUUCAGCUCCACCAUCGCACCCGAGCACGUGCGCGCCUUCGACGAGGUCGUAGCGCACCAACUCACUGUCAUUCCCGCGCCCUAUUGCGAGACUCUUCUCAACGAGCAAGUGUGGUCCAAAUGCAUGUUGCGCUCUUUUCAGGCCAUAGCUCUGCCCCACACCACGAGGGAAUUGGAAAAGACAAUACCCGAUGUCCUAGCCGACAUCCCAGACUCCGAAGAGCGCGAUUACGCACCCGGUACGCGGUUUUCCGGGGCCCACCCCGGCGUCAAUCUCAAUGAACACACCAUUGGCUCUGAUAGUGACGACGACGGCCCAGUAGUGGUCGAACGGAUCUGCUACACACCUCUGUAG